GAAUAAAGUAAAAAAAAAAGACUCAAAAAACAGUAAGGAAGAAGCAAGUGAUUCAGCCGCCGAAAGAGGACUUGAGCAGCCAAUAGGAUCGACAUCGACGAACGUCAAGGCCAAGUCGUCGAGGCCAUUGGCGCGGUUAUAGUCUUCGAAUCUUCCGUACUUCAGGCUUCACGCCUCCACGCUUCUGAAUUUCAAUCGUUGCUUAUAGUCUUGCCGAGUUGGGACUCGGGAAAAGAGGAGAUAGGUAUCUGAGGAUCGACUCAUCGACCAACUGCUUCUGGUACGCUGCAGUGAGGCUUAGCUUCAUUGGUGACUUAGACCAAAAGGUCAGACCUUGACGACUCCGGGAAUCGCAGUUUUUCACUGCAGCAUCUCUGUCUUCGUCGUGCAGAGGUGACAGAUACGGGAGAUGAUUCGUUUUGGUAGAUCCGAUUGCGUGGGGGUUUGCCUUGGUCGAUAGGUGGACAACCAAGGAUGGCUGAUAACUGAUUCAUUGAAGCUAAUUGUCAACAAAUUUGAGACCUUGGCCACACCCCAUGUUGAUUCUCUUAUUUUGGUGGAAAGGCAUGUCAGAGGUGGUUUGGUUAAAGUCAAUGUUGAUAUUGCUUACGUUCUUUUUGAGCUACGGAUCAAUAAUAGCUGGGGAAGAGGAGUUCUCAGAAGCGCUUCUUUUGAGGCCUCUCCCUGACCGCAAAGUGCUUUCCCAUUUCCACUUCGAAAGCAAAGCUCCACCAACUGGCACUAAUGGCCGGCAUCAUCAUCUCUUCCCCAAAUCAAUUUAUCAACUCGUACAUAAAUAUCACAUACGAGAAAUGGAGCUGUCUUUCACACAAGGUCGGUGGAAUUAUGAACAGUGGGGUGGAUAUGAUCCAAUUGUGAGCAGCAAUGCAAAGCCCCCUGGUGUUGAACUCUGGGCUGUUUUUGAUGUCCCUGAAGAUCAAGUUGAAUCCUUCUGGAAGAAUCUAACACAUGCUCUUUCAGGCCUCUUUUGUGCUUCCAUUAACUUCUUGGAGUCAUCAACUGCUUAUACUUCUCCGAGGUGGAGUUUCCCGUUAGUUUCUGGAAACUUCAGAUAUGGAUCACUACCCCGCGAGUCUGUUUGUACUGAGAACCUUACUCCCUGGUUAAAAUUGCUUCCUUGUCGAGAUAAAUCUGGAAUUGCCGCAUUAAUGGACAGACCAUCUCUAUAUAGAGGAUUUUAUCACUCUCAAAGAUUGCACUUAGUUUCAGAUGAGUUUGAUUUAGGCGAACGGUCCUUAGCAUCAAGUUCUGGAAUAGUACUUGAACAAACCCUUACAACAGUCCUUCAACCAAACACUUUUGAAGCUGGAAUGAAUGCUCUUGAUGGCUUGGUAGUACAACCUAGCUGGUCUCUUAGCUCUUUGUUCGGAAGAAAAGUUUACGAAAAAUGCUCUCUUUCCCAGUCUAGCAGUGUGUAUGUCCAUCUUGAGCAGAAUUUAGUAUCUAAGUUGAAGAAAGGUGAUAUAUCAGAAGGUUCAUGGAAAAGCCCAACAUUUGAAAUGUCUUUGCCUCCUGUUAGGGUGAUAAAAGAAGAAUAUGGCUCAGUGGAAGAGGAUAAAUCCAUCCUCUUUGAAUUUUCGAUUGAAAAUUACACACAAUCCAAACCUUUUGAUUUGGGCUUCAGGUGGAAGCUACCAGUUAGGUGGUCAAGUAAGUUAGCACCCUUGCAUGCAAGUAGGUUCCUAAUGGGAAGCGGGAAUGUAGGGGGUGCAAUAGCUAUCUCUUUGACGACCACAAAAAUUAGUGACAAUAAACAGUGUGCUACUGCGGUAGAUGGAAAAGGCUUUUUGCGGGUCAGUAUUUUCCAUGUUGUGCCUUGGUAUGUGAAGGUCUAUUAUCAUACACUUAAGAUUUUUCUGGAUGGACAUGUGAAAUCUGUAGAAGAUAUCAUUGAGAAGGUGCGGGUAUCACCUUCUGAAGACAAGGUUUCACCCGGAAUAAUGGAGCUUACGGUGAGAUUAGCAUGUGAUGUGAAGUCAGCUGUAUUGACCCUGGAGUUUGACAAGGGGUUUCUACACAUCGAUGAAUAUCCACCUGAUGCUGAUCAGGGAUUUGACAUCCCAUCAGCUGUGGUUAGCUUCCCCGAGUUCACAACAAGCUUGCAUCUAGCUGAGGAUAACUCUACCAUCACAGUGCCUAUUUUAUCAAAACUACAGUACGAAAGGCCAGUUGUUUCCUACACAGAAGUCUUACUUGUUCCUUUGACGACACCUGAUUUUAGCAUGCCAUACAAUGUCAUCACCAUUACGUGCACCGUUUUGGCGCUAUACUUUGGGUCACUGCUUAAUGCACUACGAAGACGUCCUGACGAAGAAGAGCGUUUGUUGAAAAGUAAAGCCUCAAAAGGGACAGGUCAUUCAACCAUGUUAUUAUCCAAAUUGUAUUCUAAGUUGAGAGGACGACCAUGGGAACCUCACAAACCAUUGUCACCAUCCCUGCCAUCUUCAUCUUUUUUGAGUUCUAAGCUGAUCAUGAAGGUCAUAGUAGUAGCUUGCAUUGCUGCUGGCUGGCAGUACUUCUCCGAAUGACAUCCAUAUAACGCUAGAAAUCUGUAGAAUGACAUCAUCAUAUAUCUACAAUGAGAGUAGAAUAUGAUUCUUUUGAAUGUGACUUCAAAUUAAUAUCACUCAGUUAUAGAUAGACUUAUAACUUCUGUGUUGAGUUUUGAUAUAUUUCUGGUAACCCCAUUUUUCAUCUCUGUUUAACUGAUAAUCUAUAUAUGUUGUACUGUUAGUCACAAAAGUGCUUGCUACACUUGAUAGCCUUAGUUAAGGAACUGCUUUUCUGCUUGAUUGCCUCAGUUAAGGAACUGCAAAUCUUUCAUCUGUUAAACAUGCUGGUUGAGCUCCA